AAGGAGGGAGAGAGAAGAGACUGUAAUUGGACAGUGCCCAGGGAGUCGGGUGGAAGCACCUGCAGGCAGAGCCCCUCCAGGGUCUGCCAGGCUGAGACUGUUCUUCUGACCUGUGAAGACCUGUGCCAGGCUGCCUGGUGGAUGUGAAGACACGCUAGAGAACACUGACCAUAAUGCUGUUUAUGAGUGCUGGCCACUGGUGGAGAAACAGGUUUUCCAUGCCAUGGCAAGAGGCCUGUUUACUUGGCUGUUGGUUCUCUUUGUGUGCUGCUGAGUCCUUUUUUGCUUGCCCUUCCUCUUGCAAGUGUAACAACAGCAGUCUGGAGGUGGACUGUAGUGGCCUGGGCCUCUCAUCCAUCCCCUCAGACAUUCCUACAAACACCAGGACCUUCCUCUUCCUCAACAACAAACUAAGCACACUGCCAGGACCUGUCUUUUCCAACCUCUCUGCCCUACAGAGGCUGGAUCUUUCCAACAACUUCUUGGACCAGCUUCCUCAGAACAUCUUCAAUGACCUAGGGAACCUCACAGAACUUCAGCUGAGAAACAACAGCAUCAGGACCCUGGACAAGGAUCUUCUGCAGCGCACAGCCCUACUACGUCUGCUGGACCUAUCCAUCAACGGCCUUGCUCAGAUACCUUCAGGCAUCUUUGACGACCUCCCCGCUCUCCACUCACUCUCCCUCAGGUCUAACCGCCUACAAAGCCUGGACAGAGUGACCUUUGAACCAUUAGUCAGUCUUCAGCAGCUCCAAGUUGGGGAUAAUCCUUGGGAAUGUGACUGCAACCUAAGAGACUUCAAGCACUGGAUGGAAUGGUUCUCUUAUCGAGGAGGGAAGAUAGACCAGCUGGCAUGUACCCUGCCUAAGGAGCUACGGGGGAAGGACAUGCGAAUGGUCCCCAUGGAGAUGUUCAACUACUGUUCUCAGCUGGAGGAUGAGAACAGCUCAAUUGUGCUGGACAAUCCUGGCCCACCGUGCACUAAAGGAAGCCCAACUCCUUCAAAAACCAAAUCAGGCCCAGAACCAGAAGUGGAACCCAGUGUUGUAUGUCCCCAGAAACAGAGAUACCGUCCUGUUAGCGUACGCCGGGCCAUUGGCACUGUGAUCAUAGCAGGGGUUGUGUGUGGCAUUGUGUGUAUCAUGAUGGUAGUGGCAGCAGCCUACGGCUGCAUUUAUGCCUCCCUCAUGGCCAAGUACCACCGAGAGCUGAAGAAGAGACAGCCGCUAAUGAGCGACACAGAGGGUGAACAUGAAGAGCAAAAGCAAAUCUCCUCAGUGGCAUGAAACUCUUCUUGGA